AACAGAAAAAGACUGAAGAGAAGAUACAACAGAAGCCGAAACCCUCACCGGCGAUGGCUCUUACACGGCGCACAUUAGCGACACUCCUAAACAAAACCCUCUCCUCCUCUCCUUCUUCUUCUCUCUCUACGCUCUCUUCUCGUUCUCGAUUCGCUUUGCCUCUGCUUGAAAAGGUUUUCUCAGCCCGUACCGGACUUGGUCCCUGUUACCUCUCGACCCGACUCAAGACAUCCGGGUCCGGAUACUCUCCCCUGAACGAUCCUUCGCCGAAUUGGAGCAACCGUCCGCCAAAGGAGACGAUUCUUCUCGAUGGUUGCGAUUACGAGCACUGGCUCAUCGUCAUGGAGUUCACUGAUCCCAAACCAAGUGAAGAAGAAAUGAUCAAUGCUUAUGUCAAAACCUUAACUUCCGUCCUUGGCAGCGAAGAGGAGGCAAAGAAGAAGAUCUACUCUGUUUGCACUUCCACCUACACUGGCUUUGGUGCUUUGAUCUCUGAAGAGCUUUCUUGCAAAGUCAAAGGAUUGCCUGGUGUUCUGUGGGUGCUGCCGGAUUCAUACCUUGAUGUACCAAACAAAGACUAUGGAGGUGACUUGUACAUUGAAGGAAAGGUCAUACCAAGACCACAGUAUAGGUUCACAGAACAGCGCCAGACUAGGAACCGGUCUAGGCCAAGAUAUGAUAGGCGACGUGAGACAAUGCAAGUGGAGAGGAGAGAGCCAUCCAUGGGUCAAGCAAAUCCAGGGGAGUUCAACAAGCCUGGUGCUUAAUAUAAUAAAAACCUUUAUCGACAUGAACAAAGUAUGCGUCUGUUAUGGAGUUUAUUAGGAUUAUGGUAUCACAUGCCAGCCUUCUUGUAAGAGAUCUUUCAAUCUAUCCAAUCGAUCAAUCAUCAUCA